UUUUUACGCGAGCCUACAUAGCUACACACUCCUAAAGUAAUACAGUUUGGCAACUGUUAGAUCCCUCUCGCAUGUACAUAAAUAUGUACACAACCGAACCGUUCAUGGAUAAAUAAUAUCGCGGACAACGUAGAAGUCACGCAUUCGCGUUCGCAUCUCUCCACUACCUUCAUACUGUGGUACAUGGCUAUCUUACACCUGUAUUUUAAUAUAUAUAUAUGUACAUAAAAGCGCAAUUCAUGGCUAGUAUACCUAUAAUCUGAAUAUAUAUAUCCUGUGUGUACAACACAAUACAUGGCUAGCAUACCUGUUUUCUGAUAUAUCUGUGUGUAUAGCACAAUAUGAGCGUGGAAUCUCUGGUUGAACCGAGUAUCAUAGCCAAGCAAAUCGCGUCAGGAAACGAUGCUUCGAAUGCGAAAGAUGCAGUGGUGCUCAGCUCGCUCUCGCAAGGUGCUACAGAGGACGCUAUAGUUAUAGAUGAUGCGGAGAAAUUCGACGAAAACGCCGAGAAAGAUAAGGACGCGAGCAGCAUAUCACAAGAUAAUGAGAGUAAUAAUACAGAUACAAACACCAACCUAUCCGGCACGGACAGUAUUGGAACGAGUGUUGCUGUAGACGAUUCAGCUAGAUGGACUCAAUUACUAGUACUAGUCGUAGGCAUGAUAUUGAUGAUGUCGCUGUGGUUCAGUGCAUCUGUCGCCCUGCCCCAGUUUGCAGUCACUCUUGAUCUGAGUACGUUUGAGAGCAGUUUGUUAGUCGCGUCUGUAAACAUGGGAUUUAUCUUGUUUGGCCUCAUCUCGGCCUUAGCUAUGAUCGCGGACCGGUUCAGCGCACGGAAGGUAA